AUGGCACUCGCGACGAACAUUACGAUUUGGUUAGAUCAAGUCUAUGAUGUCAAUAAACCAACCAUUGUUAAAAGAAAUCACAUGGUUCAAGCUGUGCAUAUUUCACUAUGUAAAGUCGAUCCGUAUAUUGUCACAUUUCGAGAUGCAGAUUUGUGCUUCAACUACAUAAUUCGUAUGAAUGACGAUGACAAGCAAGCUGUUCUUGUAAUUUCUUGCGAUAAUCCAGCAAAUUUAUCCAAGAGAAUACUGACACAGUGCCAAGAGCUUCGACAAAUUGCUUCAGUUUAUGUGUUAUCAAUCACAAAGGAUGAAAGUGGCAUCGUUAAUUCCUCUUCUUAUAUGCCAAAACUAUGCGGUCAUUUUACAGACGUGUCUGAGCUAUGUAAUCAGUUAGGACAGUUGCCCUAUUUAAAAAACCAGUACAAAGAAGGACCUUAUCGUAAAGAUUUUUCGAUAAAUUUCUUUCCUGAAAUCACGAUGUCGGAAAUUCAAUACCCAAUGCCAAUAGUGAGCAAUAACAGCACUCGUCAAGAAGCAGACUUUAUGUAUUCUUCAUUUCUACGAGAGAUUCUCAUUAAACUCGACUCAACAGAAGAAGAAAUGACGACAUUUUGUAGACAACAAUGUGCUGGCAAUGAACCCGAUCUCAAUACUGUUGACGAAUUCGAACAAUACUAUGACGCGCAAAACGCGAUCUUUUGGUACACACGAGAUACAUUUCUGUAUCGUCUAUUGAAUCAAGCGUUAAGGGAACUGAACGUUGAUGUCCUUUAUUCGCUAAGAUAUUUUAUUAAAGAUCUUCAUUCGCAACUGGAAGAUCGACAUUUCAAUCAACUAAUGUCAAAUAGCGAAACAUCAAGUUCAACAUUACCAAGUGCUGUUUAUCGGGGACAACUUAUGAACAAUAAAGAGUUUGAUCAGAAAAUUCGACAUAAUGCAGGUGGCUUCUUUUCGGUAAGUACUUUUCUUUCCACGACACCGCAUAAGAACUUAGCGGUCGUCUAUGCCGGCGAUGGAAGCAAAGCCGAAGAAUGUCAAAGCGUGCUGUUUGAAAUCGAAAUCGAUCAAUGUGUCAAUAAAUUUCCAUAUACUGACAUCUCACAGAUCAGCGCAUUUGGGAAUGUUGAAGGUGAAAUUCUGUUUACGAUGGGAGCGGUAUUCCGGAUAUUAUCGGUAGAUCGAGACGAUAGAUUGAAAACAUGGAAUGUUAGACUCAAACUCACUGGCGACGAAGAUGAUGAACUGCGAACGUUGACUGAACAUAUGAGAGACGAUAUCGUCUAUCCGUCAUAUCCCCUAGCAAGUCUGGCUAAACUAAUGAUGAGAAUGGGUGACACGACGAAAGCCGAGCGAUACUAUUUUGAAAUGCUCGAACAUCCUCAUUUCAUUAGCGAUUUUCGCAAUGUCGCCCAAAUCUAUAGUAACCUCGGAUUAAUUUACACUCACAUAAACAAGAGGAUCAAAGCAGAUGAAUAUUUUCGAAAAUCGGUUGAUAUCCUCUUACAACAUUUACCAGAAACAGAUCCAUUACUGGCAUCAAUCUAUAAUAAUCUUGGUGAAAGUCAUCGUGAAUUGGGCAGUUUUGAAGAAGCUCUCUUGCACUAUAAUAAAGCAUUAAAGAAUUAUGAAUUAAGUGAUGAUGAUGAGCUACAUCUGACUGCAAUUGGUGUGCUAUACAAUAAUAUUGGACUCGUCUAUUCAAUGCAGCAUCGUUAUUCAGAAGCACUUCAAAGUUACGAAAAGUCGCUGAAAAUUCGAGAAAAAUGUCUGCCUCCGAAUCAUCCUGAAAUUGCAACAACGUAUAAUAACGUGGGUUUGGCUUUUUUUCAUCUUGGCGAUUACAUAAAGGCGAAAGAAUAUUAUACUAAAGUACUUCAAAUGCAGCAAUGUUCACUUCCACAGGAUCAUCCUGAUUUUGGAAGAACUUACAACAACUUCCCACGAAAAAAUUUUUCGAUCAAAACCGCGGUAUAUCACGGUGCGAGAAGGCGUUGGUAUCAGCGGUUUAAUGAACCGCGAAAGUCAGACCUUUUAUUAGGUUUUCUCACACCGGCCGAAACCGCGGUCUGA